AAAGAAAGUCAUGUGGGUUUGGAACGACAUAAGACAGAGUAAAUGAUGACAGAUUUUAAAUUUUUAGGUGGACUUUCCUUUGAAAAGCUGCAGUUAUCUUCCAUUCUCCAACAUAAACAGCCCUCCAUCAUGUCGGUGCUUUAGUAGGUCAAACACAGGAUGAUUUGUAUUUAAUCUAAUAUGCUGCACAUAUGUGUCAUUGCUCUUCUGGCAGGGGAGAGCAGCCACCCAAACUCGCCUGAUUACUCUGGCCCAUUUUAUACUCUCACUUUCUCGUUCUGACGGUUUUGUCUGUCACCUUUGGGUCCUUUUUUGCAGCAGUGUCUGCAUUUGGUCUUACUUCCUUUACAGUGUUGACUAAAGAGAGAGAGAGAGACAGGAGGCCAAACCUCAAAUGGUGUAAGAGGGAGAGGGAGACAGAAGAGAGAUUGGAGGAGGGGAAUAGCACAGGAAGGGAGGGAGGAAUUGGACGACAGAGUUGCGAGGCAAACCAGGGAUCACAUGAGCAGGGAUCUGUUUACAAACUGAAACUGUGCGGCCGGGAAAGAGAAAGAGACACAGAGCAACUAACCUUCUUGGAGAAUAUUUCAGACAACCUUUACCUCAAACCCAAGGCCCUUGUGUUUUUGGCAAGGAUAUUUGAAGAAUGAGCUGAGGACUUUGUGUUUUUUGAGUUUCUUGAUGGAAGGAUUGAGAGAGCAGAUGGUUUUAGGUGGAGAGAAAAAAUACUCCCCCACACAGGCAGACAUGCACACAUAAACACUCCCGAGAUAAAGAAGCUUGAUGCUGUUCACACAAUUGUGUGGUGUGUGUGUGUGUGUGUGUGUGUGUGUGUGUGGCUGUGUUCUUUUGUUUCUCUGAAGGGCCUGUUUUCUGAUAAAAGAAUAUAGCUCAGAAAACCUCGACAUCGAGGAAGAGGAACUGGAAUAAAGGACAAGGACAUCAAAGAGGGCCCCCGCAUUGCCUGUUCCUGACAAGCAUUGAGUUUGCAGCACCAGUGCUUGGAGUCACAUGCAACCAUUCCAAUGGUGUAACGACAAAUUAACGGAUUGAGCUCAUUGAUUGCACUGUAACAUAAUAGUGCCAUGACAACAAUAAUAAUGCACAGCUGCCUCUGUGGUCUAGGACUGCAGCAUUCAGACUGUGAUAUGUCUGAAGAAGAUAUCUACCACCUACCGCUCAACAUGUACGUCAUUGUACUGGGCAUAGGCAUGUUCAUCUUCAUGCUCAGCGUAAUCUUCUGCUGCUAUCUGUUCAGGUUGAAACGGCAAGGCACAAGGGAGCAGUACAGCUACAAUGAGGUGGUGUUGAAAGGUGCUGGCAAGAAGUUAAGCCUGCUGGGACAACCCUGUGCCGUGUGUCUAGAGGAAUUCAAGACCAGAGAUGAGUUGGGCGUGUGCCCGUGUUCACACACCUUUCAUAAGAAGUGCCUGCUUAAAUGGCUGGAGAUCCGCAGCGUCUGCCCUAUGUGCAAUAAGCCCAUAAUGCGUCUACAGAGUGCUGACACCCCACUAGGAGCGGAGGGGCUCCAGGACCCUGAAGAAGUGUGACCCCAGAAACUAUAUGGCCCAUGGCCAGAUGAACACUCACUAGUUCUGCACUUGUUGGAACAUAUAUGAUCUGCCAAGGCUUUCCAAAGCCACCUAUAUGCACCGCCACUGAAGACCCGGUGAAUGCAAAAAUCCAGGAUGACAACAUCAGCCUCCACUAGUGAAUAAGUACCAUAUUGCCAGUAGCCAAAGCAAGAAUAAUCUCCUAUAUAUUGUGCCACAAUAUUCUCUUAGUAUUUUACUGAGGUUCUAAAGUGAGCGACACAACAUGCAUGCUUAGUAAUGGAUGUCGAAAUGAGAGGUAAAUGUCUCAGGAGUUUGCCUCAGGGGAUCUAACAACCAAGCAACAAAAGAAAACAUUGAACUUCAGCAAUUAAGCUUCAAAUGACAGACACAUAUACAUGACAAAUAGGGUGUAGGUGAUGCGCCGUCUAUGUGACUGGUACUACAGGUCUUUAUGAAGACUGGGUGUAGUCCUUAAUGAAAUAUUAACUAUAUAAUCAGUAACCAGCAGUUCUUAUUCAAUCUCGUGUUCAUUGCUUGAAUUUUUCCCUUUUCUUGUUAUUUUGUAUUGUUUGUUUUGGAAUAAAAUGUCAUGGUUUUGUGGUUAACCCUCA